GCACCAAUAGCAUCCCCACAUGGGCUUGGCUCCACCAGAAAGCCCCUUCUAGGGACCGUGAAAACUCCUCAUCCGGUUUUGAGAAACGAUUUCUUCGUUGUUACAUUCCCUCAUCACACGUCAGUCCUGUCCACUGGAGUAUGUGAGGUGCCACUGGAGGUGUCCAAUCCCGUGAUAUUAUCCUGGACAUCGAAUUGGUGAGGAAUUUUCAGGAAUCAACGAACGAUGAGACACUCGUUGACACCAGCAAUGCCCGGCCCUCGGAAUUUCUCGCGGUAACGAAUCAAGGACACACGACUUUACAACAAAUUUAUUAAUAAUAGACCAACAUUUUAACUCAUCAUCGAGGAGGAAUUACUCCAAAUAUGGCAACAAGUGAGGAAGGUGUCACCGACCUGAGGGCUGAGAUUGAGAGGCUUGGGAGAGAGUUGGAUUUAGCGUCCACUGAGAAGAUUCAAUCUGCACAAUAUGGGCUUGCUCUUCUCGAGGAGAAAUCCUCCCUGGAGCAGAGGUGCAACGAGCUCGAGGCACUCUACGAGAAUACCAGGCACGAGCUCGACAUAACGCAAGAGGCACUGGCAAAGUUUCAAACAACAACGAAAUUGACGACUAAAAGUGGCAUUGAACAGGAGGAGAGCCUCCUCUGCGAGAGUGCUGCUAGGGAAACCUCACUGCAGACACAAAUUAUCGAGCUCGAGACCGAGAUUAAACAGCUACGUCACGAGCUCGACCGAGUACAAGCAGAGCGAGACCAUGCCCUCCAGGAGCGCGAGGACGUCGGCAAAGAUCAUCAGCAAGCAGAAUCCGAGCGAAAGAAUCUUCGCUCGGAGCUGCGCGAGUGUCGUUUCCGGGAGACACGUCUCCUCCAGGACUACUCCGAGUUGGAGGAUGAGAACAUAUCCCUCCAGAAACAAGUGUCAACCCUACGCUCUAGUCAAGUGGAGUUUGAGAGUGCCAAGCACGAAAUAAGAAGAUUAAGUGAGGAGGUGGAGACAUUGAACAGUCAGGUCGAGGAGCUAUCGAACCUCAAGACAAUAGCUGAAAAGCAGAUGGAAGAGGCACUGGAGUCCCUCCAGGCGGAGCGCGAGGCCAAGUACGCACUGAAGAAGGAACUCGAUCAGAGGAUGAACAGCGAAUCGAUUUACAAUCUUAGCAAUCUAGCUCUCUCAAUCAGAGGCAUCACCGAGGACCAGACGAUAUGCAGCGAUGGUGAGGACGACUCACCAGCCCUGAGGCGCAUUGAGGCAGAUCUAAAGACACAGGAGCCGGGAACAUCUGCUGCUGGAAAGCAAGUCGACCUGUUCUCCGAAAUUCAUUUGAAUGAACUUAAAAAGCUGGAGAAACAGCUGGAGCUUGCUGAGUCAGAGAAGGCCCUAUUGACGCAAAAUUUGCGAGACAGUCAGCACGCGGUGGAGAAGAGCCAAGGGGAGCUCCAGGCAUUUGUCACUAGAAUUAUACAGUUGUCAGCUCAUGUCCAGUCACUUCAGCACUUGCAUUCCAAGCUGCCGGAGAAGCAGACUGAAGAGACUGCCAUGGAUAAAUUAACUCAGGCUGUCAUGCAGUACCACCAGUGGAGCACAAUGUCAGCCCGAGAGGUGGAGCAGCUCCAGAAAGACCUCUCUGAGCUCGAGGCAGGUCUGACGAUUUCCGAUACAACUCAAAGGCUCCGAACAGAGCUGACAAAUCUUCGAAACAAGAUACCACUGUCAGAGAAGAGCCUUCAGGAAAAGCUGCUGGACACAGAGCAUAAGAAAACCCAGCUGGAGUCGGACGUUGGUAUUGUCUCGAAACUAGCUGCAGAGGCGAGUGGUUGUCUGGAUACAGCUCAAAAUGAUCUCCAGAAUAUUUCCGACGAGCUUGCUCAACUGUACCACCACGUAUGCGCUGUCAAUGGUGAGACACCCUCCCGAGUGAUUCUCGAUCACGAGAAGAUUGUUCCCAUGAAGGAGGAGGAGUCUAAUGGUAGGAUCGAGUGGUUGAGGACCCUCUCGAAGACUGGAUUACCUAUUAAGGACCUGGAGAGCCUCAGCAAGGCAAAGGAGAUUGGAAAGCACAUCGAGACUGUUAUGGACCAGAUUAAACAUCUGAGUAAUGCUGUGGAGCACACGAUCGAUAUGUCCAAGUUGAAGGGAUCGCAGGGAGCUGUUUCUGAUGCUGGAAAUGAGAUUAAAGGAGAAGAGUCUGAGCUUCGAGAACAGGUGAUUAAGCUGAAGGCUCAGUUAUCCACCAAGAUGGAGCAGAUAGCCACCCUCAGAACGGUCCUCAAGUCCAACAAAAACACAGCUGAAGUCGCUCUGAAUAAUCUGAAGAGCAAGUACGAGACUGAGAAGAGUAUUGUCAGUGAGACAAUCUCAAAAUUGAGGAACGAAUUGAGAAGAUUAAAGGAAAAUGCAGCUACAUUCUCCAGUCUACGUGCGAUGUUUGCCGCACGUUGCGAGGAGUACGUUACUCAAGUAGAAGAGCUUCAGCGUCAGUUGGCUGUUGCUGAAGAGGACAGGAAGACCCUGAAUCACCUGUUACGACUGGCAGUUCAGCAAAAAUUGGGCCUCACAAUGAAACUGGAGGAGUUGGAAGUAGAUCGGGAAUUGAGAAAUUCCCGUAGACACGGGACCGGGGGCAAUGGACGCGGUGGGAGGACUCGAAUGCAACAGCAGUCAAACCGUCCGCACAUGAGUAGAGACACAUCUCAUUUCUUCUAGAAAAUAUUCAAGAUGUGGAGCAAAGUAUUCUGAGUGAAUGAACUCAGAGGAGGGAAAAAAGAACGCAACCGAGAUAGCAAUUGGUGACAAUUGAUAAUGACCUCGAUAAUCCCUUGAAUUGCCUCUUGGAAUUGACACAUUUGGUAUCGAUCGAUACUUGACUGUGCCAGAAAUAUUUUUACAAAAAUAUGACAGGAUUCACUGGGCAAUUUUGUUUCGAGGUUUAAAUAAUUGUAUACGCGAUCACUCGAGAGCUCCAUAUCGUCGAACAGGCAUUAUAUAUUGUUUCCAUCGUUACCAGUAUCAUCUGUUCUAGUUGUUUAGAACGAUUUCGUAAGGCGAAAUGUUUUUUUUCAUUUUGUCUUGUUAAAUAGGACGAAAUGGGUGGGGGUAGGGGGAGAUAUUUGUGUUUAAUCACUGGUAGUGACAAUACUAUUGUUGUAACGAAGAGAUGAGAAUUAAAAUUCGUAGAUAAUUCAUAAUCAAUUUUAGAAGUAGGAAUGGCGGAUUUUUUUCCACAGAACGAAGGGGGGAAUUUAGAUACUUAGUGACUUUUUUAUUCGUCAUGCACUGGUUAUAGGCUUGAACCCUUUUAUCCAUUCUGACGCUGGUAAAUAACUUUGGUAAAAGAGAAUAAUAAUUCAUGAAUUCCGUCUAACUCGUUAAUUUGGCAGCUAGUUGCAAUCUAUGAUAAAAAUGGUAUUAUUGAUUUUUUCUAGAUAUAUUUUAUCGUUAUUAAUAUAUUCGUAGUAUUAUUUUAUCAUUUAACUGACUUAAUAGAUUGGGUAUUUUAUCUAUACUAGAUAGACUCCGCUAUUAUGAUUAUUAAAGGUGGUCGUAUGAAUUUCUGAUGGGAAAUAAAAAUGGUGAGGAACUAUUGUCGAAAUAAAUUCCCUUUCAAGAAGCUCAAUUGCAUACUGCAUGACUCGUUAUCAUGAUAGGCGAAAUUAACAUUAAUAAAGCGAAUGUUAUCACUCUCACAACGUCCAUUUUCCAUUGCCCGAUGAGGCAGUGUGGAGCAAAGCUCGGGAAUUAAUUAAAAAAUCGUUAUUAAAGUCCUAUUAAAUUUUAUCUACAAAAAAUAAUAAAAACACCAUCACUGAGUAUUAUCGUAUGUAAUGUUUGUGUGCUCACAUCGUAAUUGUAAAUCUCGCUUCUGUUCAACUGUCGAUUUAUUGUUAUAAUAUGGAUUAACAAUUGUGAUUGAUUUAAAUGAUGAGUAAACUUUUAUGAAAUUCAUUCUGAUCAACUCUUUUGAUAGAUCAGAUAAUUCUAAAUUAUAUUUAUAAUGUGUACUGUUAUCGUAAAACGACCGUGUCGACAAAACGCUGCUUAAUAAGCAUAUUUAAAAUUAUAUGUAGAUCCGUCAGUCUUGUCACUUGUAUUUCGUCGUUUGUGAAUAUGUCCGUUAUGUUGAUUCGUUGAUUUAACGCCGUCCCUUUGUCAGCGUUUUGACAUGGUCGAAAAGUUUAUGCUUUAUGUCCAAACAACCGAGCCAGCCUCAGACCACCGUCCCUAUUCCCAAUCCUUCCGCCACGUCGUUACGAGGUUUAUGAGAGAAUGUGAGUGAAAUGCCAAAUUUCAAAACGAAAUAAUGGAAACGUUUUCCUUUAAUAUAUUUUCAUUUAGUGAAGAUGAGCAAUUAUUUACAAUUUUAUUACUCAAUUCCCUUCAUCACCCUUCAACAGAGCCAAUCUUCGCAAAUAAAUUCACCGGCUUUUAUUCAUUCUACACAUCGGCCAGCCCGUCCGCUAUCGCUAAAUACUAAACAUCCAGUUCGCAUUGAAAACGCGAAAAAUCUGUCCACAAGGCUAUGGUUCCUAUGUCUCAUUGAAAGAAAAAAUGUCGUGAGAAUGAAUAAAAUGCCCAAAGCUCCUUGGCACUUGUUGAACUAUAAAAUACAGACACCACAGACGUCACAGCGCACAUCUCAUACGUGAAUAUAAUCACCGAAUUUAUUCACCACUUUGCCUUUGCACUCCUCAAACUUAUAAAUUUUCUAUGGCAUUUUUUAAUCUUUAAAAUGUCAAUGUGAAAGAUUAAGAUAAUGAAUAUAUUUUGAAUGUUGAAAUGUUGGGUUUUGCUGCCAAUAAACUGUCAAUUGCGUCCCUGAAGAUUAAUAAAUCCUCGUAGCGGCGUGUUGUGUUAAUUUAGAAAAUUUAUAAUGAAGAUAGAAAACGACGUUAGGAAUUAUUGAUGACUAAGGGCAAACGAAUGGUCUAGUGACUAUUAAAAAAAUUAUAUGUAUAAACAAAUUAUGGAUAUGUAUAUUAGGUUUGUAACUAUCACUGGUGAUUGCAAGUGAAUUAAUUACUCGAAUUGGACUAAUGAAAAUUGUUCUUGGAGACGUUAUUUAUAACGUGACAAUGAGUCAGGGGAUGAACCCCAGCUGCACUUGGGGAUCCAUGAAUUUAAUAUUUUCAUUCGUCGUGAAAUGUGGAGUACAUUCUUGAAAAUUCUACACGUGUGCAGAUGUUUUAUCGGCCAUUAAUUAUUCGCGAUUGGCAUUUCCAUUCGAUGGAAUGGCGAUAUCAUCAUCCAAUGUAUCAACUAUUUUUUUUUUUUUCAAUGAGAAUGAAUGGAUCUUGAGAAAUUGUAUAUAGUGUAAAUGCACAUAUUUUUUGUUGUCCGGAGUUAUCAUUGUUGAUUAACUUGGGAUAUUUUCAUGAGCGUCCAAUCCUGAGUGUAUUCUUGUGGGAGGAUGGAUGAAAAACUAUAUUAUAUGAAUAUGUAAUAUUUCGCCCAUUAAUAGAAAUUCUUUUUGUAACAUAAAUUAAUGAAUUGACGAAUAUAACCAUUUGUAACAGCA